AUGGUCUCAACCUACCAGAUGCCGAACUACUUCAGACCGACACCUUUGACCGUUGACACAAAUCAAGCGCAGAAGUAUUACGAAGAGGAGGACCACAGUAUCUUGGACGAAACCAUUCUGGAUCACAGCGCACUCGACUCAGGCUUGGAAAUGUCGCCUCCCAUGGCCGAUAGCCGGAGAGAAUCUUUUGCCGUCGGAUCAUCUCUCUUCUCCCCGAAAACAGAAGACUGGCAAUCAGUCGAGAUGCAGUCCGUGCCGUCUAACAACCCGUUUAUCGAGCAACACAGCAACAAUCCCUUUAUGCGCCUGGACCAUGCCCAACCCUCUCCUUUUGGCCAUCAAGGGAAUGCCUGGUCCUUGAGCAAUACAUCCGGCUCUUGCACUCCUCUACAGCAGUUCGACGGCAUGCCGGCAGAAUAUGACACUGGUGCCUCCAUGUUCCAAAGACCUGUCCAAGGCCAAACGCCCUUCACCAACCCCACUGGCCAGAUCGGCAUGUUUGCUUCCAUCGGCUCAGGCAACCAGUCCAUUCCCACCUCGCCUCAGAAGGGCUGGAUUGGUCAGUCGGAGUCCAUGGCCAAGAAAAUGCGCCCAGGAAGCCCUGCUAUCCGUUCGCACAACGAUAUGAGAAGGGGUGACGGCAUUCGCAAGAAGAACGCCCGCUUCGACAUUCCGGCCGAGCGCAACCUCAGCAACAUCGAUCAGCUUAUCGCCCAGUCCACUGAUGAGCAAGAGAUCAAGGAGCUUAAGCAACAGAAGCGUCUGUUGAGGAAUCGACAAGCAGCUCUUGACUCUCGCCAAAGAAAGAAGCAGCAUACUGAGCGUCUUGAGGAUGAGAAGAAGCAGUUCACUGCCGUCCUUGGCGACAUGGAAGAGGAAAUGGCUGAGAUGAGGAAACAGAUGGAGCAGCUGUUGAGGGAGAAGCAGUUCAACCAAGAGUACAUCGAGUCCCUCACCAUGGAGAAAGAGGAGAUGAUCCGCACUCACACGAUUGAGACCGGCGAACUCCGUAAGAAGGUUAGCGUCCUCACCGAGCACGUCCAGCGCCUCGAGAGCGCUGCCAUGACUGCCCCUGCCAAUAACGGCUUCGUCUCCGGUUACGAUGACAUGGACGGCAUGACCAUGCCCGGCACAUGGGACAACGUCAACUUCCUCGGCGAGUACCCCAUGGAGCCCGAGAUCAAGCAAGAGCUUCAGGUUGUCCCGGCCAAGAAGGCAGAGGUCUCCUUCCCCGCCGAGUCAGAGAAGUCCUCGUCCCAGGGCGGCAUGCUCUUCAUGCUUUUCCUUGUCGGAGCUUUCGUGCUGUCAAGCCGUUCAACACCGGCCAUCCCCCGCGUGUCUGACGACGUUCGCGCCGAAGCAGCCACUCUCCUCGAGAACGUCUUCAAGGAUGCUGGUGUCAACGCAGCCUCCAACACCCUCCAAGCCGUCGCCCCUCAGCCUUCCGGCGGCUCUUGGGUCGACGCCCCUGCUGUUGGCCUUGGUGAUGCUUCAAUGGGCGGUGUCGCUCCUUCCAUGCUCGGUCAGCUUGGUGACUCACUCACUCAGCCUACUGAGGAGCAGGCGAACGAGCAGCUCUUCGGCCUCUCGGCCGCCCAGUACAAUGGCGUCAGCUCGCAGGACUUCCUUAACAACGCCCCUGAACGCUCCACCAGCCAGGGACGGAGAAACCUUGCCGACGCUCUUGCGGCGAUGCGCAACAACAAGCAAUCCGCCGCUGAGGUCUAUACUAGAUCACUACUUUGGGACCAGAUCCCCAGUGAAGUAGUCAGAAAUUUUGCAAAAAUGGUGUCCGAAUCCAACAGCGCCAAGGUCGGCGCUGACGAAUAA